AUGAACAAGAACAUUUUUGUGGCUGCGCUGCUCGCCCUGUGCCUCGCCUUCGCGUCGGUGGCGCAGGCCGCUACCUGCUCGUUGGCCGCCACGGAGUACUCUUCGGCUGGCUGCUCGACCGCCAAUCUCGUCGGCUGCAAUCGAUACCCGACUUUGAAUGAGGGAGACUGUCACGCGAUUGCCUCCCCCCUCGACGGUUCUACAUCGCUCUACGUGACCAUUUCGAAUUGCUCCACCCCGAUAAUCGCCCUCCAGUCCUUCAACAACCUCGCGUGUAGCGAGUACUUGCGAUGCACGGACAAUCUCGCCCGAGGCGGCACCGGCGAUGGCGUCUGCUACUACGAGCAGCGGCUGGGCCUCUACCUCCUCCCGCGAUGCCAGACCGGUCUGGAGGAGCUUAUCAUCUCUAACCAGGCCGGCUGCUCGGGCGGUAUCACCAAGUCGUUCCCGAAGACCGACAUCACGCAACAGGGCCGCCCAGGCACUUGCUUCGCCUACGGCAGCAACGAUACCACCUUCAGCGCGUACAUCCUUGCCGACAACGAGGGCGGUUGUGGAUCGGGUGCUUCGAUGCUCACGACUUGGAUCACCCUCCUCCUCGCCCUCCUUUUCUAA